UGCUCGGAGCCUCCCCCGGCGCGGGGCGGGGGGGGUGCGGCGGGCCCCCGCCCCGCUCCGCUCCAUGUGCCGCCGCCGGGGUGGGUGCCUGGCCGCGGGGCCGGGGCCGGGCCGGGGGGAGUAUGUUUCCUGGCGGAGCGAUAUUUGUUUACAGGAUGAGAGCCGUACUGUAAGUGAAGUAGGACCGAGCCCGGGCAGCUCCGUAAUAAAUUAAUAUCGCAACUGCUCCCUCCUCGCCGACACCGACAUAAGCCCCGCGCCCGGCCCCGCCGCUCCCCGCGCCCGGCCCCCGCGCCUGCACUUGUUGCAGACUCCACGCCAGAUGGAAUUUUAUGACUUGCUGGAUUCUAAAUAGGACGAGGAGAUGUGUCUGAUAAGAAGUCAUCUUAGAAAAACUUCCAAAAUAAGAAAGCUAAUUCAAAUAAAACAGUAACAGAUACAUGAUUUUGAGAUCACAGAAUGAAAGCAGCAUGAAAUGUUAUGGCAAAGACAGCACAGCAAGAUACAGGAGUCUCACAAAUCCUCAUAAAUCAGCAGGUGUCUGGCACACUGAAUCUAUUGAUCUGUGUAGGAUUUGUGCUUUGGUUCAUUUAUUGAAGAUGUGAAGCAACGUCAAGUCCGAGAUUGGAAUUACUGACAGACUGGAGGCAAUCUUAAGUCCUUGUGAUGCACAUGGACAUGCUGAAUUAUAAGUAAUUCUAGCUUCUUUUCCCCUCCCCUCCCUUCCCCUCACUCAGCUAUCUCAGGGUUCAUAGAGAUUUCAAUGGUUCGUGUGCCUGUAAGUUUGGAACACAAGUGACCAAAAAUGGGGGACCAGGAAUUGUAUAAAACUAACCAUACUGCCAACAGCAAUGAGAACUUGUACUACCAACAGCACCAAAUGAACUCCCUUCCAUCUCUAAAUCAUAGCUAUGGGACAUCUGUUAUGGAUGUUCCCCAGGCAUCCCCUCUCUCCCCCCAGUUUCCCCAAGAUUCAAGAGACAGUAUAGCUUUGCCUGUAGGUUCAAAAAGUCUUGGGUCAGUGGAUACAUCUAGACAAACCAGUUGGACACAUUCUGGCUCAGGAAACCAUGUCCCAGUGAGGAACAAUUUGAAUAAUCAAAGCGCUAUGUGGAGCCCCCUUGGGCAGGGGGAGUCCCAUGAUGGAUACCAAUAUUCUUACUCUCAGCCCAGUGAAAAUAGAUCGCAAAAAAUUACCAGUGGGGUCCUGCAUAAAUUGGACUCCUUUACACAAGUAUUUGCUAACCAAAAUCUGAGAAUUCAAGUCAACAACAUGGCUCAGGUUUUGCACACCGAGUCUUCAAUGGUGGAUAAUUCUGGUGACAGUGCGCUCAGGCAGCUGCUGUCCCAGAAGCCAGCAGCUGAGCAACAGCCUGUAACUUCCAGUGUACAAAGAUACCAACCGGUGCCACAGCAGACACACCAGAAUUUUGCAAGCACACAGCAAAAGCAACAAAUGCAAGUCAUGCAGCACCAACAGUUGUACUACGACUACCAGCAGCAUUUAUCACAAAUGCAGAUGCAUUCUGCGUUUCAGCAAGGACAGACGCACGUUCAACAAAUGCAGUCCCAGCAGCUCUUACCGCAACAGAUGCAGCACUUGCAGCAGACUCAAUACUAUGCUCAGCCGCAGCAGGGACAUCAGCGGCUCUCGAUACAGGAGAUCCAGCAGCAGCAGCAACAGCCAACUCGGCAGCAGCAGCAGCGGCAGUGUCCAAUGCAAAUAGCUCAGUAUUACCAAACGCAACCUGUUAUGCAGCAGUUACAGCAACAGCAGCAACAGAUGCAAUUGCCGCUUCCUCCGUAUCACAGGGAACCAGAUCCAAAGACUAUGCAUGAACCACACCAGUACUCUCAGGAUCCUGGUCAUCCUGUGCAGCUUAUCCAGUUGGGAGCAGUGCCUCAGUAUUGCUACCAGGAUCCCCAUGAACAGUACAGGCACUUGUACCCACAGAGUUUACUGCAGCAGCAGCAAGAUCAGCAGAAGCAAUACCCGAGUGAAAGCAGAGUGACAUCUCUGAACUCCCAUGUUGGCCUCACUCCACCAGAGACCACAGAGGAUCCCACACGGCAGGAAAUUAAUUCUGUAGGUAAUGCUGUUCCUCAUCGAACUCUUUUGCUACCCUCGGGAGUUCAUCUGAACAACAAAAGCUCUCAGCAAGACUCUCCCAGCACCACGUGGCCUCAGCAGGUGCAACUGUCAGAUGGCAGACGGCAGCCGUUGUCCCCAGAACAAAGUGGCCAGAACAGAGAAACACUUCCUGAGAGAGCUGAUGCGAAGAACAAGCUAAUGUGUUCAAUAUGCUUGAAGGAGUUUAAGAGUUUGCCUGCUCUAAAUGGUCACAUGAGGUCACACGGAGGAGUAAGAGCAUCUCCUAACUUCAAACAGGAUGAAGGAGAGAAACCACCACAGCAGCCGCUGCCAAAAGAGGGGGAUAGCCUCGCGCCCAUCGUCAUGCCAGUGUCUGUCCCUGUAAAGCUUCUGUCACCUGAGCCCAGCACGCAGCCCUCUGCCAGCACUGCCACAGUCAAAGACAAGCCUGCCAACUCUGUGUCAGAUGAUGAGAUGCCCGUUCUCGUGAAGAUGACUUACUCUCCACCGUGCAGUCCAAAAGUGGCCAACCCCUGCUCAUCCUCUGAAAUUAGCAAAAAACCUCAUCAAAGUGCUGUAAAAUUGGAAGAAAACUUCAAACCAUUGCAGGACAAGAAGAAGUAUCGGCACAGACCUGAACCUCUCUUCAUACCUCCUCCUUCCUUCAACUUCAGCAUGUCCCAUUCCGGUGCAACCCUGUACCAGAGUCAGCUUCGCUCUCCCCGUGUCCUUGGAGAUCAUCUGCUAGACCGGACGCAUGAGCUCCCUCCCUACACUCCGCCACCGAUGCUUAGUCCAGUUCGGCAAGGGUCUGGUCUCUUCAGCAGUGUUAUCACAUCAUCUCAUAGCACCUCACAUACGCAGCUGCCACUUACUCCACUGACACCUACUCCACGGGUGCUCCUGUGUCGGUCUAAUAGUAUCGAUGGAAGUGUAAUUCCGGUGACGCCUGGGCCUGGAGAACAGACUGUUGAACCGCGAAUCAAUAUUGGGUCCAGAUUCCAGGCUGAUAUUCCUGAGCUGCAGGACAGAUUGGUAAUGGAGAGAGAUGUGCACAAGGCUACUUUGGUUUGGAAACCGUGGCCAGAACUGGAGAACAAAGUCUUCCAACAAAGAGUGGAAGACCUUUUAAAUAUGAGCUGUUCCAGUGUGUUACCUGGUGGAGGAACUAACUCAGAAUACGCUUUGCACUCUCUCUUUGAAGCAAAAGGAGAUAUUAUGGUUGCUCUUGAGAAGCUGCUGUUGAGAAAGCCAGUGAGAUUGAAGUGUCAUCCUUUAGCAAAUUACCACUACGCUGGAUCUGACAAAUGGACACAUCAAGAAAGGAGGCUGUUCAAAGAGGCACUGUCCACCUACAGCAAAGAUUUCAUAUUUGUACAGAAAAUGGUUAAGUCUAAGACAGUUGCACAGUGUGUGGAAUACUACUAUACCUGGAAGAAAAUCUUGCGUUUGGGACGGAAACACAGGACACGUUUAGAGAAAAAGAGAGAAGAAUGCCUGACAAGUGGAGAAGAGGAAGUGUUAGAGGAAGAUGAGGAGACUGAAGAAGACAGAAAAGAUGAAAGGGAAAUGCAGAAGUCUCCUGACCCACCAGCUAUCCCUCUUGUUGGACCUAUAGAUCUGCCUGCACUUCAGAGUCUUUCACUUUCUUCAUCUUCCUUCAUCUGUGAAAUGCCAAACUGUGGUGCCGUGUUCAGUUCCCGACAAGCACUGAAUGGCCAUGCUCGCAUUCAUGGAGGUACUAAUCAGGUGACAAAACCACGAUGCACCAUCCCGGGCACUAAGCAGAAAUCUGGUACGCAGAGCGGAUACUGCUCCAUCAAGAGUUCACCUGCCCACAGCACAACAAGUGGUGAGACUGACCCAACAACAAUUUUUCCUUGCAAGGAGUGUGGCAAGGUAUUUUUCAAAAUCAAAAGCCGCAAUGCUCAUAUGAAGACUCACAGACAACACGAAGAACAGCAAAGGCAGAAGGCUCAGAAAGCUGCUGUGGCUGCAGAAAUGGCAGCCACCAUCACAAGAACUACUGGGCCUGUUGGGUGUAGUUUGAUUCCUCUGGAUCACAUGAGUUUGGUUAAACACGUUGGAAAUGUCGGUGACAUUGAUGAUGAUGUUGUUCAGGAGCUGGGUGAUGUCAUGGAAGAGAAUGAAGUCAUGGAUGCUGACCUUCUAUUGGAUGAUGAAGAUGCAGAUCUACUGCGGGAUGAUGCUGAGUUGUAAAUAAAGUUGUUUGAUAAAGACAGCUACUGAGCACACCCUGAAUGGAUCAUUCAGGAAACCUGGACUGCUCCUUUGCUCCCCAUUGAUUGUAAACUACCUGUUGAAAAUGAAAUUCUUUUAUCCAGGUCUAGGAAAAAAAAGAAAUCUGCUUUUUUCCCUUUUUUUUUAUUAAUUUGUGUUUUGGGGGAAAAAUAAAUAAUUGGUACAAAUAUUCUUACAA